UUAUUAUCAGAUUAGUAUUAGUAUUGCUAUAUUAGUAUUAGUAUUAGCAAUGGUAAUGGUAAUGAUAAUGAUAAUGGUUACGGUAGUUGUAAUGGAAAUGAUUGGUAUUGGUAUGAGUAUCGGUAUUGGUGUUGGUAUUGAUUGGUAUUGGUAAUGGUAAUGAUAAUGGUAAUAGUAAUGUAACGGUAAUGGUAACGAUGUACUCGCCUUUUGUAUACGAACAUUAAACCUUCGGUAUUUAUUUUUUUUCACUUAUUUUGGCUUAAUUUGUUAUCUACAUAAAAUAUUUUUUUUUUAACUUUGUAUUGCACAUUGAUCUUACUAUUCCGAGAGCUUUUUAAAAUUAAAUAUUUAUUUUUAUGAUAAAUUCCUCGUGCAACGCACGGGUGAAGUACUAGUAUCUAUAAAUAAAUAAUUAGUGACAAAUAUAAAUUAUAUUUUUUGCGCCUCAAGUUUAUCUUGAUUCCUCAUUUAGUCCCUUAUUUUCAUAAAAAAAUAGAUUUAAUCCCUCGUGUUUCAAUAAUUUCACAUUUUUUGUUAUCUCCGUCAAUUUUCCAUUAGCACUAGCUGAAUCAAGCAUGUGUCGUCCAUCACUCUCUUAACAUACGGACCAACGGUAAAAUUAAGUACAUGAUCAAAAGUGUCAAAUUGUUGAAAAAUAAGGGACCGAAUGUGAAUUUUAUAAACAUUGGGAGCCAAAUGUGAAAUCUGUACAAACUUGAGGGACCAAAACUGUUGUUUUACCCCUUUGUAAGAAACAGCCCAAUUAACAAUUACAUAAAAUAAAAUCAGCAAAACAAAAGCCCAAUAAAUGGCCCAUUUUUCUUCAUCUUCUUCACCUACUACCCACCCGUGAGUUGCAGAACUGCGGGCCUGCGGCCAGCAACCAAAUCUUCAACCUCAUAAAUCCUCUCCGAUCAGUACUUCAACCACUACUUUCCUCUCUCUUCCUAUUUUAAUGGGUACCCAAUGGCUUUUCAUUUAAGAAAUUCAAGAAAAUCGCCGCUCUCCGCAUCCACACAGAUCCACAACUUCCUCGCCGGAGAUGGCGGCCGACCGUCACUCAUCGCCGCCGGGUUACGCUCUCCCGUCCACAGAAAAGACACGCCGUUACGAGGGCGGGGAGUUCAAGGAGAGCAAGUUGACGGUAGCUCUCUGCCCGUGUAUUUUCUGCUUAAUUCUUUUACUUGUAGCAACAUCAAUCGUACUCGUUGUCAAAUUCCGUCUGUACUGCCAUACCCCUCUUCACUCUCUCCUAUUCAAAAAAGCUUGCCGUUAGUAUCUUCGUUGUAUCGAUCGAAUAAAAGUAGGCACUUCUGUAGCGAUGUCAAUUCGAUGCAUACCGAUUCCGAAUUCGAGAGCUACAUCGAAAAUGAAUCAGCUUCUGCCGAAUUGGAGGCCGAUUCGAAGGAGGUGGAAAGAGUAUGCAAGGUGAUCGACGAAAUGUUUGCUCUAGAUAGGAACAUGGAGGCCGUUUUAGACGAAUGUGGGAUCAAUCUGAAUCAUAAACUGGUGUUGUGUGUGCUGCAGAGAUUCAAUCAUGCUCGAAAACCCGCAUUUCGGUUCUUCCAUUGGGCUGCAGAUAGGCCUGGAUUCUCUCACGAUUCGACCACUUACAAUGCAAUGAUGAACAUUCUUGGAAAGACCAGACAAUUCGAGACAUUGGUUUCUCUCCUCGAAGAAAUGGGAGAGAAGGGUUUGCUCACGAUGGAGACCUUCACCAUCUGCAUCAAAGUCUUCGCCGCUGCUAAGGAGAGGAAAAAGGCAGUUGCCAUUGUCGAUUUGAUGAAGAAAUAUAAUUUCAAAGUCGGAAUAGAGACCGUUAAUUCUUUGCUCGAUGCAUUGGGUAGGGCCAAGCUUGCAAAAGAAGCUCAAACGUUGUUCGAGAAAUUGGAGCACAAAUGUGCCCCGAAUCUAAAAACAUACACAAUCUUGAUCAACGGUUGGUGCACGGUCAAGAAUUUAAUGGAAGCCGCUAGAAUGUGGAAUGAAAUGAUCGAUAAAGGGUUUAAACCCGAUAUCGUAGCCCACAAUAUAAUGCUCGAAGGGCUUUUGAGUAGCCAUAAAAGAUCCGAUGCAAUCAAGUUGUUCGAGGUAAUGAAAUGUAAGGGCCCACUUCCCAAUGUUAGGAGUUAUUCUGUAUUAAUCAAGAAUCUAUGCAAACACGGCCACUUAAAAGAAGCUAUAGACUAUUUUGACGAGAUGGUCAAUUCUGGAUGCGGGCCCGAUGCUGCGGUGUACACAUGUUUAAUGACAGGUUUUGCGAAUCAAAAGAAGAUGGAUAUAGUUUAUCGGUUAUUAAGCGAGAUGAAGGAGAAAAAUUGCCAGCCCGAUGGCCGAUUGUACAAUGCAUUGAUCAAGAUGAUGGUGAACAGAAGAAUGCCCGACGAAGCGGUGAAGAUAUACAAGAAGAUGGUGCAGAGUGGAGUCGGAGCUUCGGUCCACACUUACAACAUGAUCAUGAAAUCGUACUUUGUCGCAAGAGAUUGCGAAAUGGGGCUUGCGGUUUGGGAGGAGAUGAAGAGGAGAGGGUUCUGUCCGGACGAGAACUCGUACACGGUUCUCGUGGGAGGGCUUGUAAGGCAGGGGAGAUUGAAUGAGAGUUGUGGGUAUUUGGAAGAGAUGAUUGAUAAGGGGAUGCGGGCCCCACGGAUCGAUUAUAAGAAGUUUUCGGCUGGUUUUUAUUGGAGUGGUGGAAGGAAUUGUUUGGAGGAUUUGGCUGAGAAGAUGAAAUUGUCUGGUAAUUCUGAGGCGGCUAAUUUGUCUGGAAAGAGCUUAUAUGAUGUUGAGAAUGGAUAUGGGUGAAGGCAGUGAUUACGGAAGUUGGGAAGCUGAGAGCUACGAGGAUGAGGAUGAGGUUGAUGCAUAUGAUGACGCCAGUGAAGAGGAUUAUGAUGGUUCUGAUGUCGAGGUGGAUGAUGAAGCAGAAGAUGCUUUUGAUGUGCAUGCCCGUGCUGCAGGAUUAGAAAGUGAUAGUCAAAACGACGAAGUCGAUCCAUCUGCUUUUUCGAGUGACGAGGCAUAUGCUAGAGCCUUGCAGGAUGCUGAAGAACGGGAAAUGGCAGCUAGAUUGUUAGCCCUAGCUGGAAUAAAUGAUAUGGUUGUUGGGGAGGAUGA